CAGAAUCACUUCUCUUAUUUUGAAUUAACCGACCGUUAAAUUCAGUUAACGAAGGAGCUGAACGUUAAACUGACGUCGUGAAUUAACGGGAGGAGAAUGUCAACAGCCGGAAUCAUUAUUUCCCAGGUACAUCUGGAUGAAGAUUUCCCCUUUUGUUGUGACAGAGUUUGGUCUUCAAGUUAAGACUGUCUAAAGGAAAACCUCCACAAUAUUUGACUGAUAAAAUAAUCAACAACUCAAGGACUGCAUGAGAGAAACGUAUGACGUACACCUCAAACGACUGGCAGUGUGUAAAACAAGAAGGUCCUAAAGGAUACAAAACAGACAACCAACAUCUCAGUAAAGAGAACUGAAAAACCGGUAGACUCUUUAACUUUCCCCCAAAAGCUCAGUGCUUUUACUGAACAUGUGUCGUAACGGGAGGUCAACACAUAAGCAAAGAUGAACCCUUACGUCACGUCACACUUCAGGAGGGAUCUCUUUCCCCAUUUCCAUUUGUUGUAGACUUUUGUCAACCCUGCUGUUACUGGGUGAAUGAAAUGGCUUCUUCUAUACUUGUACAGUCAUAGCAGUAGCUCUUGUCUGUUGUUUUUCAGUCCUCUUCGUACUCACCACAGUGCAGGGUUUGAUUGUGUCUACUGUUUCAAAGAGGAUGUGGAAACUCUGUAUUCUUGUCAGCAUUCAGAAUUCAGAGUUCUCAGAAAAUGUAUGGACAAGGUAGCCUUUUGUGAUCUGGUUCAAACACAGAUGAUGAGUAAGAGACUCCGAUCCACAAACCCAGUUACACUCUCAGCCACUUAAUUCUCAGCACUUCUCAGCUCCUUUCCCAUUGAUCUAUCUACUUUGGCAUCUGACGUCCAGGAAUACAUAGAAAACUUUCCCAGGUGACCUGUGUACUUACCUUUUCCCAUCAUGUAAAUCUUCCACUGAAAGCUAAAAGAAAUCAGUGUUGGAGAUAGAUCAAAGUAAACUCUCUUUGUUGUUUUCUUCCUUUCUUUUUAUCUUUUGUCAGGCGUAGGAGCUUUCUCAGCCGUAAUGCUGAGCUGUAAUGAGGUAUGUCUGCUCUGAGAGGCUAAACUGUUUAAGGUGAUUGCUAACAGCCAUGUAGUUCAGAUCAAUAUUACUGAUUACUUGACAAUGGCCAUCAAACAGAUGUGCAGACCCUUGGAAAUAAAAUGUGAAAUUGUCAAAGCAGUGACAUGAUUGAACAGGAAAUGGCAAACAAAACAUGGUUCUUUCAGUUGGGACCCUCUCAUUGGGCAAAGGCAACAGUUCCUUGACAACUGCAGUUUAACACUUAAUGGUGUGUGCUGUAUUCAAUGCUUUAUGCAAGUCAUAUUGGCACAGAAUUAGGAAUGACAAGUAAUGACAGGAGGUGUUUGAUGCACUGAAAGUACUGUACUCUUUGUUUCCCCAUGCCCAUGCCAAGGGGUUGUGAAACUGAAGAGUACUUUGAUCGUAAGAAUUGGCAUGUUUUUUGUUUUUUGUUUUUUUACUUUUUUGACUGCAUGUCGGGAAUGUUUUUAUCAUAUUGUCAUGUUUUAAGUUAAUUAAGCACAUUUGUUUGUCCUUGUCUGGCUGCAUCUUGUCACAAAUAUUUUAGAGGAAACCCUGUAGUGAGCUGUUUAGCUUUUACAUGUUUCCAUUUCCAUGCUACUUCUCCAUCAUUGUGUAGAUUUUAUCAUUCAAUGCCUGCUCGAGACCUCCCCUUUUAUUGUUUAGAAUUGAACAGAGCCAAUCCUGCAUGUUUUUGCAAUGUCUGUUGAGGUCAUUCCAGCCCUACCACUCCUUGUCAGAAGAAUUCUUGCAAAUUAACACAAAUAGACUCCUUGGGCUACUACUGACAUCCUUUUUUUUCAGCUCACCUCACUCAGUGAGUAUGCUUUAAGGACAUUGGUUGUUGAUGAACGCACCUGUGGACCUACUUCAAGAAAUCCCACUCUGUUUGCUGACGGUUCUAUCACUGGAACGAUAGACUCUAUUGGGAGACAUCAUUUCAAGUUGAAGGAAGUAAGUGACUGAUCAGUGGCCUUGGAGGGAAUUAUCCUCUGGUUAACUUUGGCCACUAUGGACUUGCAAUUAUCUCUUCAUUAAGAACGACUGAAAGACUGACUUUGUUAGCACCACACAGUUAAUUGACUGUGCAAAGGUGCUUAAUUGCCACAUCAACAAUCAAAUCAAGUCUCUUUGAGGAAUACGGAAAUACUGUGCACCAUUAGAGAGAGGGGACUUUUUAGUACAUGAUGGGAGCGGCACGUGUGAAACGCCGCUUCAGUGCUGUGGUGGAUGGGCCAGUUGAGGAGGAGGAGGUCAUGAGGCUGGCACAGAGUGCUGCAGAUACGGCUAGGGCAGGGGGGAGUCCAACGGGGUCAGGGACCCCAACCAGCCCCUCCCCGACCCAUGCCCUGAACGGCAAACCUCUACCUCUCCAGAGCAACACCAACAAUGCACGGAGGCAGAGUGCCAUUGGAGAGUCAGUUGGGGGAGACGCAGGAGAAGGCGGGGUGAGAGCAGGAGGAAUGUGCUCAGGGCUAAGAGGCAGUAGUGUAGGAGGAAGAGGAAAAGGCCAUUCAUCCUCAGACCAGGAAUCACUCUCUUCCCCCGUCACUACCAACCGCCGGCGCACCAGGCGCUCAAGCCGCCGGCCCCGUCAGCGCUUUGUGGGCAAGGACGGACGCUGCAACGUCACCUUCGUCAACAUGAGCGAGAGGGGCCAGCGUUACCUUAGCGACCUCUUCACCACCUGUGUGGACAUCCGCUGGCGCUGGAUGCUGGUCAUCUUCACCCUCUCCUUCCUUCUCUCCUGGCUGCUCUUUGGAUUUGCCUUCUGGCUCAUUGCCUCCUUGCAUGGGGACCUCUCCAUUCGGCUCACCCCCAGCUCGGGUUCCUCUCCAGGUUCCGGGGAGGCGGGGUCUGGAGGAGAGUCUGAUAGAGAGGCAGUGGUUGAGGAGCCGUGCUUCCUUCAGGUGAACAGCUUCAUGGCAGCCUUUCUAUUCUCCUUGGAGACGCAGACAUCUAUCGGUUACGGCUUCAGAAGCGUGACCGAAGAAUGUCCCCUGGCGGUGGUGGCGGUCGUUUUGCAGUGCAUUGUGGGCUGCAUUAUUGACGCCUUCAUCAUCGGGGCAGUUAUGGCAAAGAUUGCCAAGCCCAAGAAGCGCAACGAGACACUGGUGUUUUCUGACACAGCUGUGGUGGCGCUGAGGGAUGGGAAACUCUGCAUGAUGUGGAGGGUCGGAAACCUACGCAAGAGCCACCUGGUAGAGGCACAUGUUCGAGCACAACUACUGAAGCCAAGGGUAACCGAAGAGGGGGAGUUCCUCCCGCUGGACAACAUGGACAUCAACGUGGGAUUUGAUACUGGCACGGACCGCAUCUUCUUGGUCUCGCCAGUGACAAUUGUCCAUGAGAUCAACGACGAGUCACCCUUCUUUGAGAUCGACCAAAAGACCCUGGAGAAUGACUCUGAAUUGGAGGUAGUGGUCAUACUCGAGGGCAUGGUGGAGGCCACAGCCAUGACCACACAGUGCCGUAGCUCCUAUCUGGCUUCUGAGAUCCUCUGGGGACACCGCUUCGAACCAGUGCUCUUCGAGAGGAAAGACUGCUACCAGGUGGACUACUCGUUCUUCCAUCGAACAUACAAAAUUCCGACGACACCUUCAUGCAGUGCUAAAGAGCUGGCCGAGCAGAAGUACAUUCAAAGCUCACGCUCAUCAUUCUGCUAUGAGAACGAAGUUGCUCUGCAGCUCGUCUCUCCUGAUGAUGAGCCUGACCAAGACUCUGAGUGUCCCUCUCCAGCGACCCGAAGGCAAUCCCUGGCAGAACAUCUCCACUACAACUGAACCUGUGGGAUAGAAAGCCUUAAGGGAAAAAAGACAAGAGCUUGACCCAGAAGUUUAGAGGAAGAAUAGGCACAAAGAGAGGGUUAGACCAGGUAGGAAUGGGCAGACCAAGAGAGACAGGAUUAAAGAUACAUAGCACCAGUGCCAGAAUAGAGGACAGGAAGGAACACUGUUAACAAUGACUGGACACAACAGAAAGGACAGAAUAGCAAGUGAAGAGAUCCAUUAGAACUUUUACAAGUUUUAAAGAUUUAGAUAAGUAGCACUUUACAGAUUACUGUAGACUGCACAGGGAAAGGAAAUGAACAGAUUGAGAGACAGUGGGAGGUUAUGGAGAGAAGAGUUACUACACUGGCUUAGUUGUCUGAUUGGUCCUGGCAAUCUUUCAGGAUCAUUGAAAACUUGUCUGCUAAGUCUCACAUCUGGCCCGUCACUACCACAACACGCCCAUCUGGCUCCAAUGCCUGAGUGGCAGAACAUGCAACAGCACCCCAUGGUGGUUCUACCAUACAACUGCACCUCCAGUUUUAUUACCUGUGGACAUCUUUGACCUCUUUAUGAGGUGGCUUCUGUAUGAAGUGAAUGGAAGUGUAUCUUCUGAGGUACAACUCAGGAAUGUAUUCCACUAUGCUGACUUAUCAUUUUACUGUUUUAUUUUUGGUAUGGUAAGUAUGGAUAGUGCACUGUUGAGAAUAUAGUUGGGUUUUAGGCUAGGCUAUUUGUAGAGCCAAGGCAGAGCAACAGUAACAUGGAGAAACGGCUGAAAACUAGCAGCAGUUUUGAGCAGUUUCUUUUCCAUGUUAUGUACUCUAUGUUGUUUGUUUUUUGGCUAUAUUUUUCUAUGUGUCAUGCAAAAAAAAUGUUGACUGAUUGUAACAUUUGCUUCAUUUAAUCUUAGAUUUUGUGUUGAGUCGAAUGGCAUGUGGUCUGAGGAAGCAUUGUAGUGUAAGUCAGACUACUGCAGUGGUACAAAAUGACAGACGAUGGCUGUGUCCGUACUAGUUGCACUGCUAUCCACAACAUCCUCUCAUGUCCUAAAAUCAAUCACACUGAAUUGUUUUGUUCUGUUAAGUUUGGAUCGUAGUACUUAGCGACCGAGCUAUGGCAUUAUAAUCUUUUAAGUGUCUUGGCACUUGGAAGACCCUCGAUGGUUUGGACUGAAUCCAAGUUUAAAGGGGUUGCUCUCAUUGACUCUGUAAAUACACAGGAGGCCUCAAGUGACCUCCAACAUCACUACAACAUAACUCAGUGGAAGAGGUGUUGUGACGAUGGUGAUGAUGGCUUGCCGUCUCUCCACCUUUGAGAAUAAACCGUUUGACUGACAUCUGCACAAGUGGAUGAGGAUUGGACUGGAAACUACACCACAUUCAUAGUCAAUAAGUCAGUAUUUUUGUGCCCAUAAAAUCAUGUGACACCCUACUUUAAUUCUGAUGUGUUACAGUUGGUUUUUCUCGCAGAUUGUGAGAACAGUGUGGUGAGUGGUGCCUUCAUAACAAACCAGAGAUUUUGGCCCUUCAUCUGCAGCAGUUAAUUUCAUGUUUGAAAUGUGCUUAAAGCUUAUUUUUAUCGUGUGUAUUUGCAUACUGCUGCUUAUGCAAGAGUGUUUUUUCACUUUAACAUUUGCAGGAUGUUCUAAGUAGGCGAAAAUGUCUAAGCUGUGAAUCUGCUCGGUAACUGCGUCGUCUCAAUAUGACCAUGCACUGAUAACGUAAAGAGGCAUUUAGCUGUAUUGUGUUAUAGACCAUGUUGUAGUUGCACUUUGUAAUUAUAUUACAAAGCACUUGGAUUGUUAAUUUAAGACCCUAUAAUGAUUUACAGUAAAUUAUGCCACCUGAGUGUUUAAGUGUUUCACUACAGAAAGUGUUGGUAAAGGUAACACAGUGUCAGGAAUGCAACAUGAUAUUAAGUGUUGACCAAUAAUCAGCCCGUCCAACGCACAUCCUGGGAACCUUUUCUUUGUACUUUGCACUAAAGUAGUAUAUGAAGAUUGAUAUCACUAAUUAAGCUCUACAACAGCACAGUAGUGUUGCUGGAUCAGCACAUGUUUAACCUCAAUCCAUCAGUCGCAGUGUUUCAAUUCAGUUUUUGAAAGAUUUUUUUUAUAGUUACCUCGAGGUGAGGUGAGGUAUUGAUAACAUAUUAUCUGUUACACUUAGUGUUCCUGCUGUUUAAUGUUUGUGUCCUCCUUUGCACUUCUCCUUUGUGACUGCCAUGUUCUAUUUAUAGGCUGCGUGGUGGGUCAUGUCUUUCACCCUGCCUCCACUUGUAACUUGAACUUACUGCACCAUCACUUUAACUAUGAAGGCGCUUUUUAAAAACCCCAGAAAGAAAUAGACACAUUAUUUGGUCAUUUCACUGGUUGCUUAGGAUUCACUUCUCACAGUAC